AGCCUUUGAAUGUCCAGCAGAAUCUCGUCUCCAGCCCAUUUGUCAGAUGAAACUGGGCUCUCAAUGUUCUACUGAUGACGACUGUGAUAUCUGGCAAAAGUGUUGUGAGACUGGAUGUGGGAGGAGAUGUAUCAUGAGCUUCAAGCCUGGAGUGUCUCCUAAAGGCCAAGGAUCCACAUGUCCGGACACGACCAGACUGCAUUAUGUCUGUCGGAUGAACUUCACCGCUCCCUGCGAUGGAGACGAUUCCUGUGGUCACUGGGCAUCGUGCUGUAACACGGAAUGUGGACCUCGAUGUGUGUCACAGUGGUUUGCGAGAAAGCCUGCUGACCAGUGCCCAGAGGAGGACAGCCUCUCCAUGUUCUGUCAGAUCAGCACCGGGCGUUCCUGUAAUGACAACGGGGACUGUGAUGGAUACCACUCGUGUUGUGAUGCUGGCUGUGGGAAGAAAUGCAUCCCAAAGUGUUUCACAGGAGAGAACAGAACCUGUCCCAUUGCAAGGAGGCUGACGAUGUUGUGCAACACGACCCUGGGAAAAGACUGCAAGAACGACACGCAGUGCGACGUGUGGCAGAGGUGCUGCCUGGCCAAGGGCUGCGGUGGGAAAUGUGUCCCAACAUUCAUCAGGAAAUUUUUGCGAAAGAAAUGCCCAGAACAUUCCCGUGUGUCUUUUCUCUGCAAGAAAAACCGGACUCGAUCGUGUGAGGAUGAUGAUGAUUGUCCUUCCUAUGAACAGUGCUGUGAGAUUGGAUGUGGCAAGAAAUGUGUCUCCUCAUUCAGGCAAGGUGAGAGACCCGGAGAGUGCUCAAGCCCAAGUCAACUGAGCUAUGUGUGUAACACAACUCUGGGCAAGGAAUGUAGAAACGAGAGCGACUGUGGCAGAUGGGGCACGUGUUGCUCCACCCCAUGUGGGCCAAGAUGUGUCCUCAGGCAUUUCAGAAAUGACGACGGGCAGUGCCCACGCCCAGACCAUCUUGCCCGUGUGUGUAACUGCACUUUUGGGAAGGUGUGUGAGUCGGACCAGGAUUGUGCAGGAUCACAAAGAUGCUGUGAUGCUGGGUGUCAGAAACGUUGUGUCCUGUCGUUCUACAGAAAGUCUCAUGGAGACUCGUGGAAAUCUGAGGAAUGUCCGAAUCCGUCCUGCCUGGAUCGUGCCUGCAGGAUGAAUCACAGCGCCUCGUGUGGAGAUGAUGGGGAUUGUGGCAAGUGGAGGUCAUGUUGUGAGACACCUUGUGGCAGACGCUGUGUCCACCCCUUCAUGGGGCAGAGCAGGAGUUUGUCAGUCUCAGAUCGGACAUCUGGAAUGUGUCCUUCUCCUGCUCGCCUCUCUGCCGUGUGUAACCUGAAGUACGGUGAGCUGUGUGAGGAAGAUAAUGACUGCUACGCAUGGCAGAUGUGCUGCAACACCAGCUGUGGGCGUCGCUGUGUCCAUUCCUACCGCAGCAGGGGGAGCGAACAAAGGUGUCCCUCACCUUCCAGACUGAGCCACGUCUGUACCAUGAGUUUCCACACUCAGUGCAAUGAGGACAGCGACUGCGAGGGCUGGCAAACCUGCUGCAAUACCAACUGUGGGAACAGAUGUGUCUUCAAGUUCCUGUCCAGACCGACCCAGUGCCCUGCCUCCACCCGCUUGGACCCAUUCUGUGAGAUGAAGUUGGGAGACGUGUGUCAGAAUGACACUGACUGCCAUGCCUGGUCAUCAUGCUGCAAUGCCACCUGUGGAAAGAGAUGUGUACCUCGUUUCCUCAUGAGCCAUGAUGAUACCUGUCCUGCUCCCCACCGCCUGGAGCCCAUGUGUGACCUGAAACUCGGAGAUCGUUGCAGCGGAGAUGAAGACUGUGAUGCCUGGCAGAGCUGCUGUGAGAGCAAAUGUGGAAAUAUCUGUAUCCCCAGUUUCAUGGAUGAUGAUGAGGAAGGAGAGUGCCCCGCUCCGUCCCGGGUGAAGAGGCAUUCGAAUGUAUCGUGUGUGACAGAUGAGGACUGCGGGAGCUGGGAACAAUGCUGCGACAUGGGCUCUGGGAGGAAAUGUGUUCACAGCAGCUCACUGCACAAGAAUGGGAGCUGCCCGGAUGCCAGGCGCCUUACCCCGAUGUGCAAUGUUAACUACGGCCAGGAGUGUACAAAUGACGAUGACUGUGAUCUGUGGCUCUCGUGCUGUGAGGCCGGAUGUGGGAAGAGAUGUGUCCAUCGGUAUCACAAACGCGGAAAGCGAGACGCAGAGUGUCCCAAACCAUUCCAGAUGCAAAAUAUCUGUGACCGGGACGAUGCCGAGGAGUGUGAGGUAGACGAGGACUGCGCAAGGUGGAAGCAGUGCUGUAACGUCGGGAACUGCGGCAAACGCUGCGUCUAUGGGGUCCACAGGCAAGAGGAAGCCUUUGAAUGUCCAGCAGAAUCUCGUCUCCAGCCCAUUUGUCAGAUGAAACUGGGCUCUCAAUGUUCUACUGAUGACGACUGUGAUAUCUGGCAAAAGUGUUGUGAGACUGGAUGUGGGAGGAGAUGUAUCAUGAGCUUCAAGCCUGGAGUGUCUCCUAAAGGCCAAGGAUCCACAUGUCCGGACACGACCAGACUGCAUUAUGUCUGUCGGAUGAACUUCACCGCUCCCUGCGAUGGAGACGAUUCCUGUGGUCACUGGGCAUCGUGCUGUAACACGGAAUGUGGACCUCGAUGUGUGUCACAGUGGUUUGCGAGAAAGCCUGCUGACCAGUGCCCAGAGGAGGACAGCCUCUCCAUGUUCUGUCAGAUCAGCACCGGGCGUUCCUGUAAUGACAACGGGGACUGUGAUGGAUACCACUCGUGUUGUGAUGCUGGCUGUGGGAAGAAAUGCAUCCCAAAGUGUUUCACAGGAGAGAACAGAACCUGUCCCAUUGCAAGGAGGCUGACGAUGUUGUGCAACACGACCCUGGGAAAAGACUGCAAGAACGACACGCAGUGCGACGUGUGGCAGAGGUGCUGCCUGGCCAAGGGCUGCGGUGGGAAAUGUGUCCCAACAUUCAUCAGGAAAUUUUUGCGAAAGAAAUGCCCAGAACAUUCCCGUGUGUCUUUUCUCUGCAAGAAAAACCGGACUCGAUCGUGUGAGGAUGAUGAUGAUUGUCCUUCCUAUGAACAGUGCUGUGAGAUUGGAUGUGGCAAGAAAUGUGUCUCCUCAUUCAGGCAAGGUGAGAGACCCGGAGAGUGCUCAAGCCCAAGUCAACUGAGCUAUGUGUGUAACACAACUCUGGGCAAGGAAUGUAGAAACGAGAGCGACUGUGGCAGAUGGGGCACGUGUUGCUCCACCCCAUGUGGGCCAAGAUGUGUCCUCAGGCAUUUCAGAAAUGACGACGGGCAGUGCCCACGCCCAGACCAUCUUGCCCGUGUGUGUAACUGCACUUUUGGGAAGGUGUGUGAGUCGGACCAGGAUUGUGCAGGAUCACAAAGAUGCUGUGAUGCUGGGUGUCAGAAACGUUGUGUCCUGUCGUUCUACAGAAAGUCUCAUGGAGACUCGUGGAAAUCUGAGGAAUGUCCGAAUCCGUCCUGCCUGGAUCGUGCCUGCAGGAUGAAUCACAGCGCCUCGUGUGGAGAUGAUGGGGAUUGUGGCAAGUGGAGGUCAUGUUGUGAGACACCUUGUGGUAGACGCUGUGUCCACCCCUUCAUGGGGCAGAGCAGCAGUUUGUCAGUCUCAGAUCGGACAUCUGGAAUGUGUCCUUCUCCUGCUCGCCUCUCUGCCGUGUGUAACCUGAAGUACGGUGAGCUGUGUGAGGAAGAUAAUGACUGCUACGCAUGGCAGAUGUGCUGCAACACCAGCUGUGGGCGUCGCUGUGUCCAUUCCUACCGCAGCAGGGGGAGCGAACAAAGGUGUCCCUCACCUUCCAGACUGAGCCACGUCUGUACCAUGAGUUUCCACACUCAGUGCAAUGAGGACAGCGACUGCGAGGGCUGGCAAACCUGCUGCAAUACCACCUGUGGGAACAGAUGUGUCUUCAAGUUCCUGUCCAGACGUAUCGAGGCAGGAGAGUUUGUUGGUGGGAGAGUGUAG